GGCAGUGUGUCUAAGGUGUGACAUGAAGGGCAAAGGCUGGAGAAGGCUGUCCCUCUGCCUGCAGUAGCACACCAGUUCUAGGCUUAUCCUCACUCAAGGAUGUGGAGACACAUGACUGCAAUGUGACUCAGCUAGGUGUCAGGUGUGGCUUUUAGUCAAAGCUAGCAACAUCAUUCUGUUUAAGUUCAAAGUCAAAUCUCAGAGCUAGCAGACAAGUUGAAACAGAAAGAACAUCGGAACAAAGGUUUGGUCAGAUACCGUGUGUGUAUAGAUCCUACAUAGCUAUAUUCAUGUAUUUAAAUAUUGGCUGGCUUUAUGGCAACUUGUUAUCAAAACAGUCACACAGGUUUGUUAUUACCAUGUCAUUUAUUGUCUACUCUGGUAUUUCCCGUUGUAUAACGUGCUGCCUUUAUUUGACUGUGUAGUAUGUUUACGUAGAACCUGUCCUCUCAUUAGUAGCCCUUUAGGUUACAUAAUAAUAAUAAUAUAUGCCAUUUAGCAGACGCUUUUAUCUAAAGCGACUUACAGUCAUGUGUGCAUACAUUCUACGUAUGGGUGGUCCCGGGAAUCGAACCCACUACCCUGGCGUUACAAGCGCCAUGCUCUACCAACUGAGCUACAGAAGGACCACUGCAACCUGUAGUUAAUUGGCCCGGGCAAGGGUGAAAUCACAGCCCCCAACACAUUGGGUCCCAUGACUCCUUAGUUCAAUAGUCUUACUGUAUCCUCAAUAGUUAUUGAUAUAUUCUGGUUCAGAGGGUGGACUCUAUACACACAAUAGCCCGGAUAAGUAUCCAGAGUAUUUGUUUAGUUUGACCACAUGGCUAAUUUGUUUCUCUGGGUGGAAAGCAUGUCCUGUGAACUCAGGAUCUUAGUGACAAUCACUGCCUCAGUCACUAACCUAACAGAAACCUAAGCUUGUCUUAUUGACUUUGAUUACUGUUAUGACAACCACAUAAUAUGCAUGACUAGUGAACCAAUGAAAUGGUCCGCUGAUAGAGAACUAGCCUCGUCAGCAGAUGUCUGCCCGCACCCUAAAACCUGUCUGUGGUCUGAGUUUAUGAUUGACCAGUAGUCCUCGUGCUAAAAUAAUCAUUGUCAACUUUACGAAUACAUGCAAUAAUAGUGAUUAGAUGUGUUUGCCUUUUCUUAAUAAACUUAUAAACGAACAGCCUUUCCUUUUGGCAGGCCAAAUGACGUGUCUUGGACCAAAUUGUAGAAUUGGGCACCAGAGCCUGAUGGGCAUUCUGCUGCUGGGCUGCUUGCUGACCUGUCUACUGUACCGACCUGCUAUCACCUGGCUCCCUGUCCUGGCCAAGCACUUCCAGGCGGAGCACAAACAGGAUGUUACCGUGCUGGUCUGGCACUGGCCCUUUGACCAUCCCUUUAAACUGAACUCCUGCAGGUCCUUGUACAACAUCGAAGGCUGUCACCUGACAGCGGACAGAGAGCUUUACAGUCAAGCGGACGCCGUUCUCAUCCACCACAGAGAAAUCGAAGAGGAUUUAUCCAACCUGCCCCAAGAACCACGGCCCUCCUUCCAGAAAUGGGUGUGGAUGAAUUUCGAAUCGCCGGCACACACGAAUAGAAUACCUGGCUUGGAAGAUCUGUUUAAUGUGACUUUGAACUACAGGCAGGAUGCAGACAUCAACAUGCCUUAUGGAUCUCUCGUCCCUCGGACUAAAGAGAGGGAGGAGUUUGUCCCGCAUAAAAACCGACUGGUCUGUUGGAUCGUUAGCAACUGGAACCGAGAGCACAAGAGGACUUGGUACUACAUGGAGCUGCGCAAAUUCAUCAGGAUUCACACCUACGGGAACCCUUUCAACAAAAAGGUAUCUCUUAGUGAAUACAGAAUGAUCGUGGCCAGCUGUAAAUUCUACUUGUCUUUUGAGAACUCCGUCCAUAAGGACUACAUCACAGAAAAACUAUUUAACGCUCUCAAGUUGGGCGCAGUUCCUGUGGUCAUGGGCCCGACAAGAGGGAACUAUGAGAAGUUCAUCCCUGGAGAUUCCUUCAUCCAUGUGGAUGACUUCCGCUCGCCCAGAGCCCUGGCCAAACACCUCAUCUUCUUGGACAAGAAUGAGGAGAUGUACCGUAAAUACUUCAAGUGGCAGAGGAUCCACACGGUCCGUAUCAACAGCUUCCCCAUUCAGAAUGCCUGCAACAGCUGUGAGUACAUCAGAGGCCACCCUGAGAAUCGGAUGGUUACUGAGCUCUAUAAAUGGUUCUGGGAGGAGUGAUGCUGAGACAUUUGGAGUAAAUCUACUACAAAUGAACGAUAUCCACUUGUCCAUAGUCAGGUGGGGGGACUGAGCAAUAUGUAUCUUUUACACAACGGCAGAAGUGCCAAAAAGUACAUUUCAUUAAAGUACAUUCACCGAAUUUUCCCCACUUGAACAAUUAAUGGGGCAUUACAAGUAAAAAUUGUAUAUAUUUUUGACUUCUGUCUUUUGCUCCUGCGCCAUCGCAUGUUAACUGAUGAAAACAGUGUGGAGGUGACCACCACCGUUAUCUACUUGUUUACUAUUGGGUCGUUCCACUAAAAGUGCCUUUCGCAUCCCUUUUAUAUUGGUGCACAAUGUUCUGCACUAAUAUUACAUUUUAAAAGCCUGUUAUAACAAAGUGACCUUGUUUAAUAGAGACCAAAUAGAGAAUUGAAUAAAUGAGAUGUGUAUAAAGGAUGAAGUGCCUAAAUGGAGCCUUUUGACAUGUCCCUCCAUCAACCCUGUGUCACUUCUAGGAACAUUUGAACCCACUUAAUCCCCAAGUUUCAACAUCAUUGUAAAGCCAUAGUUAUUGUACUUUAACAAAGUAAUCUCUGAAGAUGAAUUUGUUUCAUGUGAUUAGUGAUUCAUUUACCUCUCUCCCUCAUUGUAAGGUCAACCCUGUUAUGUGAACUGGCCUGUCGUUUUUAUAUGGUGAAACUAUUAAUUUUUUGUUAAAUAGAACAUCUAAUAGUCAAAUCAUA